CCUGCUGUCAGUCGUUGUUACAUAACGGAAAGUUUGGCCAGGGAGCUGAACUGGAGUAACCUAACACGGGUCAAAUGAGGAGUCGCGGUGCCCUGUGAAUACAGGCUACAUCAGACUCAAGACAUGUCUUCCCAAGACUACGACUGCAUAGUGAUAGGAGCCGGGGUUCAGGGCUCUUUCACUGCCUAUAACCUUGCGAAAAAUAACAAGAAAACACUUCUACUUGAACAGUUUGUCCUGCCGCACUCUCGUGGCAGCUCUCAUGGCCAGACACGCAUCAUCCGCAAGGCCUAUGACGAGGACUACUACACCCACAUGAUGGAGGAGUGCUAUCAGCUCUGGUCUCAGCUGGAGAAAGAGGCCAACGUCAAGCUGUACAGACGUACAGGUCUGCUAGUGAUGGGUCCAGAGCAGGGGGACUACCAGGUGUUCAAGUCCACCCUGGAGAGGAACAAGGUUCCCAUAGUGAUCCUGCCGAGAGAGGAGUUCAGCCAACACAUCCCCCAUGUUAACCUGUCCCAGGGAAACGCAGCCCUGGUGGACACCACUGCCGGAGUGCUGUACGCUGACCGCACACUCAAAACUGUACAGGGACAGUUCCAGAAACUGGGGGGCGUGAUCAAGGACGGACAGAAGGUGAUUGACAUCACACCGGGCUCUGUGGUAACCGUGACGACAGUCAGUGGGGUGUACAGAGCUAAGCGCUUGGUGAUCACAGCUGGACCCUGGGCCAACACCCUGCUGUCCCACACAGGCCUUCAGCUACCACUGCAGGUGAUAAAGAUUAACGUGUGCUACUGGAGUGAGAAGAUCCCCGGCUCCUACAACGUCCAGCACCGCUUCCCCUGCUUCAUCCAGCUGGAAUCAGAGGAGGCAAAGCAUCACAUCUACGGCCUCCCAUCCAAUGAAUACCCAGGCCUGAUGAAGAUUUGCUACCACACGGGCCCUGAGACGGACCCUGAUGAGAGAGACAGACAGACGGACAGAGGGGACAUAGACAUCCUACAGCGCUACAUCACCCGCUGCUUCCCUGGCCUGGUGCCCAUCCCUGCUGUGGUGGAGAGCUGCAUGUACACAGUCACGCCAGACGAUCAUUUUAUCCUGGACCACCAUCCCACUCAUAGUAACAUCGUCAUCGGAGCAGGCUUUUCAGGUCACGGAUUCAAGUUUGGCCCAAUCGUUGGCAAGCUGCUGUGUGAACUGAGCCAGGGAGAAGUGCCCUCCUAUGACCUCUCCCCCUUCAGAAUCAGACGCUUCCAAGCCCACUCCAAGUCAGCACUGUAGGAUCGGGACCGCUGGCUUUAACAACCAUUUCCUCAGGAACCAGACCUUUACAAAAUGAAGAAAUGAAAGGUUUUCAUACCAGUGUGUCUGAAGCCUAAACAAACAAUGGCCGUUCGUAAAUAAUACUUACUUUUCCAGCUAAUCAUUGAGAAAAGUCGGGAGGAGAGCCUUGAAAUGAGAAGAGGAAACAAAUCAAUGAUUCACUAAAGCUGAUUCCUCAGCUGCUGUGUUUGUACUGCUCUGUAAAUCAUACUCUCAUAGCCUCUGCUUGGACCUGGGACCCGUCCUGCAGCAUUUCAGACAAGAUUAAUAAUAAUGUAUUACAUUUGUAAUGCUAUGAUAAUAAAUGAGCAAAUAAAAAAUAGUUUAAAAUAACAAAACAAAUAUAUCUAACCAUAUCAUGAAAGCAACAAAGUCUAAGAGGAAGGCCAUAAUGGAACGGCCAGCUGAUAGAGAAUCUAAAGGCCAACUAUAACAUUGUUGUACAACUGUAAACGCGUUCAUCUGUGACGAAUGGUAUUAAACUUGGGGAAAAAUGGUCCCCUUAUUGGCCCAUAUGAUUUUAUGCAUCACUACCUCUCCCCUUCUCACUCCCCCGAGUGAGGCCUUUUUCAAGUGAAGCACAUAGUUAAAAAGACAUCAGCCGUGGAGCCAUUUGUCUUUGCGCAGCCAGCUGUGUGUGCAGUGUGUGUGCAGUGUGUGUGCAGUGUGCAGCCUUUAGCAACGUGUGCCUCUGCCUGUACCUUUGUCCCCAUGUAAACAUUUUAAUCACUAAUCAGCCAGCCUGUUACAAUGGUUGCCAACCACAGCCAUCAGCGGGAAUGAGAAAAUGACACAGCGAGACGCAGAGAGAUCAGCGCACCACUCAGUCCCUCAGCUCUUAAGUGACUUUGAAUUGAUAGAGAAUUAGGAGAACAUUAAACAUGAAAACGCAAAUAUUCACCCAGCAUUAUUCAGGGGGAAAGGACACACUGGAAAAUCUACUUUUGAACAUGAAUGCAUGGGAUACUCUUUUAAUAAGCAGAGUCACUUUUGAAAGUAGUGCCCUUUUUCUGCCUCUCUAUGGCCAGUUAGCCAGCUUUAUGGUUCUGGGUCCUAGUGCCUUUUUUCUACAAUUUACUUUGCCACAAAUACAAGUUCAUGUAAUUUGGUUGAACUAUCCCUUUAAGCACUUGAUAGUCAAAGGAUAAUGCUGGUCUGUCAGAUGGGGCAAUUAGACUUUACCCUCAGUUAAUCAGACAUAGGCUGUAUUAUAGUAUAGGCAUAAAACCUGAGCUGACAGGGAAGGAGGGCUGGUGGUGGGAUGAACGUAGCCUGAAGGGAGACAUGCCACCACGAGGAACCAGAAACUCACCCUUGUUGCUGCCGAUGUGACAUGGAGAAACAGGAAGAAAUGUAGCUCAGAGAAUGACAGGAAACGGACAAUGAUAGCAACGUUUUCCACAUCACCACACAACUAGAAGGCGGUAACACAGACAGAUAAGCAAGACCUGUUUUUAUUUUUUCUCCUCUCAGCAGGGUUAUUUGUCCUGUCUGCUAGGUAGGUUCAGAGGGCAAGAGUGGGGCUCUUAUCAGAUAGAACACCUGCCAUGAAUUUGAAAAGAUGUGCUUAAGGGGCUUAAGGUUUUCAUCUCUGAUUUGCAUAUUCAAAUAAAUUUCUACCACUGCUUCGACACUAAUAGAACAGUGGCUCUUCUUUUUCUCUAAUAGGAGCUUUUUGUCAGCUUCCAUGGAAGAUUAAACAACUAACAUAACUGUUAGUUUCCUGUCCGUGUGCCCCUAGUCUCCUCUGUUCCCUCUCCGUCUGCCCCUAGUCUGCUCUGUUUCCUCUCCGUCUGCCCCUAGUCUCCUCUGUUCCCUCUCCAUCUGCCCCUAGUCUCCUCUGUUCCCUCUCCGUCUGCCCCUAGUCUCCUCUGUUCCCUCUCCGUCUGCCCCUAGUCUCCUCUGUUCCCUCUCCGUCUGCCCCUAGUCUCCUCUGUUUCCUCUCCGUCUGCCCCUAGUCUCCUCUGUUCCCUCUCCGUCUCCCCCUAGUCUCCUCUGUUUCCUCUCCGUCUGCCCCUAUCUCCUCUGUUUCCUCUCCGUCUGCCCCUAGUCUCCUCUGUUCCCUCUCCGUCUGCCCCUAGUCUCCUCUGUUCCCUCUCCGUCUGCCCCUAUCUCCUCUGCUUCCUCUCCGUCUGCCCCUAGUCUCCUCUGUUCCCUCUCCGUCUGCCCCUAGUCUCCUCUGUUCCCUCUCUCCGUCUGCCCCUAGUCUCCUCUGUUUCCUCUCCGUCUGCCCCUAGUCUCCUCUGUUCACUCUCCGUCUCCCCCUAGUCUCCUCUGUUUCCUCUCCGUCUGCCCCUAGUCUCCUCUGUUCCCUCUCCGUCUGACCCUAGUUUCCUCUGUUCCCUCUCUCCGUCUGCCCCUAGUCUCCUCUGUUCCCCCUCCAUCUGCCCCUAGUCUAUGUUC